UGCGACCAGCGCCGAGUCGUGUGUCAGGAUCCGAACUGUGUUAUUGGUCCGUGUGUGCAUGUAUCGAGGCUAUGUGGAAAGUAGUAAUGUCGGAGGAGGUUGCAAAGGCGGUGCAGUCCGUUGUGGACAGAGUAAAUCAGGCGGCCACCCGACGCCCAAAGACACUGCCAUGUGUGCCCCCACGUCUUGUGGCUGUGAGCAAGACCAAGCCACCAGAGAUGGUGGUCGAAGCAUAUCAGCAGGGGCAGCGUAACUUCGGGGAGAACUAUGUCAAUGAGCUGGUGGAGAAGGCAUCUAAUCCCCAGAUUUUGUCAUCCUGCCCAGAAAUCAAGUGGCAUUUCAUCGGCCACCUGCAGAAGAAUAACGUCAACAAGCUUUUGGGUGUCCCUAAUCUAUUUAUGGUGGAAACUGUGGACUCUGCAAAGCUAGCUGAUAAAGUCAACAGCUCUUGGCAGAGGAUACGAGCCGCCAACUCUCAGAGGUUAAAGAUCAUGGUGCAGAUCAACACCAGUGGAGAAGACAGCAAACACGGCCUCCCGCCUGCAGACACGGUGAAUACAGUGAAACAUAUCGUUUCUAAUUGUCCCACCCUCCAUUUUGCUGGCCUCAUGACAAUUGGUCGAUAUGGCUAUGACAUCAGCGAAGGCCCCAAUCCAGAUUUCCAGAUGCUUCUGAAAUGUCGACAACAAGUAUGUGAGAACCUUCAGAUGCCGAUGGAGGAAGUGGAGCUGAGUAUGGGCAUGUCAACUGAUUUCGAACAUGCGAUUGAAGUUGGAUCCACCAACGUGCGUGUGGGUAGUAUUAUCUUCGGUAAUCGUGAGUACCCCAACACGCCAAGCCCAGAGAAGAAGGUGAAAGCGGUGAUAGAUGAAACUGCCAAGAAGAUGGAGCACCUUACCGUGACAGAACAGUGAAGCAACACUUCAAGAGCCCUACACAUAUACGCAUACAUACCGACAGGGACUCAUUAAAACAUUAACACAUCACCUUACAAAAUGCAUCCAUCUUGUGUCUUAACAUUUCUAUUUCACCAGUUACAAGUAGACAAUUCAUUUUUUAAAGAACACUUUGAUUUGGGUUUUUUAGGUGAAAAAAAGGCUGGUUGGAUUUUUCAAUAUUAUCUGGUCAUACACUGCACAAAAAUACAUCAGUUCCAUUUGAUAAGUUUGAUUUUGUGUCAGUAGUAAACAGUUGCUGUUUUAAUCAUAUUUCUCUUUUUUUAAAUGUAGGUGUUUGUAGGUGUAGUUAAUGUAAAAUCUAAAUUUAUUUUUGUAAGACACAUGGGGUCACUGUAUCCAGAGGUGGCUUUAAAAGUACUACCCUUCUCUCCGCUCUGGGAGUUGACUGACUGAGUUGUUGAGUGAGUCACAGCUUUGACUCUUUGGAGUCAAAAAUACGUAGUGUUGAUGAGAUGUGUGUCAACCUAUAUAUAUAAAAUUUAUACUAAAAUAAUGUUCUGUCAAACAGACAAUAAUGUUUUGAAGAGAUUAAGUACAUGGAAUAGUCUGUUUAUUAGGAAUUUUAUUGUCAUUGGAGUAAAUGAUGUCCAUUUAGUGCGGUAGUACUGUAUGUUGUGUGUCCAUGUUUUUAGAAGUCUUCAUUAUGUCGUGUAAGUUUAAAAAAAAAGGAUUUACGAUUGAACACAGGUAUUAAGUGUAUCUUUACAGAAAGGAUUGUCUUGGUGUGAAGAACUGCAGUGAAAUACAGUAUUAUGGCAGUAUUACAGGAAGUCACAGAUGCUCUUGGGGGAGCUGUGUACAGGUUUGAGCGGUUGUAAACACAAAUAAUAACAGUAAAACGUAGUGAAACACUUUCCUAUGCAACUUCGUAAUGGGAUAGAUCAGAUGCCGAUAUGACGUUGUAUCAUUUUAAUGUUACAUAGUUUUGUAUGGGCUUCUUUUGUGUGUGUGUGCAGGGUUCUUUUACCUACUGUUGUAAAUAUAUCACAGGGAAAUAAAAUGACUAAAACAUCUCUCCAUUAACUGAAAACAACUCACUGGUCAUGCAUUAAAGCUUAAAAGCAUGUUUAUUUUGCUACAAAGUGUGUCACAUGUUGAGUCUUACUAGUAGCAUUCUUACAUUACUAAUGCAUUUUGAUAACCACUUAAGCCGUUUUGUUUUAAAGAAAUAAGAGAAUGACCGCUCAAGAGAAGAGUGAGCUUUUUGAGUUAUUAAAUGUUUUUGAGCU